UCACACACACACACCCCUCCUCCACCUCCCACUUUCUUCUUCCCUCUAUCCUUCCCAACUUAUGCCACUCCCUCCUCAAUCUCCUUUAUUCAUUUAUUAAAAUGGAUGAAGAGGGCAAAUAAAUGAAGCCCAGACCAUAAAAGUCUACUUGUAGACACAAAGAGCAAAAAAUAACAAGUGUGAAUUUCUGGUAGUUUGGUUCAUUUCGGAGAGGAAUAAUUCUGUGACUUUUCCCUCCUCAUAAUAUAUAAGUUUUUUUCUUCAUUUCUAAACAUUUCGAUAACUGUGUGACCUGAGGAGAGGUGUAUUUUUUUUAUUACACAGCCCUUGCAACUGGCUGCUCUGGUAGGGAGAGGAGCAACAUCUGUAAAACUUGGACUUAGAAGGAAAAAAGGAGGAGGAGAAGGGGGGGAUAAGAAGGACGGGGAGGAAAAAAAAGGAGGAAAAUGAGAGUGUGCGAGUAGAACACAAGAAGGGUUCUGCAGAGAAACAAAAAGCCUUUUUGCACAUGAACAUUGGAAGUAAUGAUAAGUCAACAUGGAAGCACAGUCACACAACACUACCGCAAGUGAAAAGAAAAAAGUAGACAACUCCUUAGUAAAAGGCCACACUCGAACAGACGUCAGCGAGAAAGCUGUUGCAUCCAGUACAACUUCCAAUGAGGAUGAAAGUCCUGGACAGCCAUAUCAUAGAGAAAGAAGAAACGCAAUUACAAUGCAACCACAAGGAGGGCAAGGCCUUUCAAAAAUCAGUGAAGAGCCUUCUACAUCUAGUGAGGAAAGGACCUCAUUAAUAAAGAAGGAGAUCCAUGGAUCUAUAACACAUCUGCCUGAGCCUUCUGUUCCUUACCGUGGCACCGUAUUUGCGAUGGAUCCCAGGAAUGGUUACAUAGAUCCACAUUACCAUCCUCCUCACCUGUUUCCUGCUUUUCAUCCCCCUGUGCCAAUAGACGCGCGGCAUCACGAAGGACGUUACCAUUACGAGCCCACCCCUAUUCCUCCACUGCACAUGUCCUCUGCACUAGCAAGCAGCCCAACUUAUUCAGACCUUCCAUUCAUCCGUAUAUCUCCGCAUAGAAACCCUGCCACCGCAUCAGAAUCCCCUUUCAGCCCUCCGCAUCCAUACAUCAACCCAUACAUGGAUUACAUCAGAUCUCUGCACAGCAGUCCUUCCCUUUCCAUGAUCUCAGCCGCACGUGGACUCAGUCCUACUGAUGUCCCUCAUGCUGGUGUUAGCCCUGCUGAAUAUUACCACCAGAUGGCCCUGCUGACAGGCCAGCGCAGCCCGUAUGCUGACAUCAUUCCUUCGCCAGCCACUGCUGGUCCUGGGGCCAGCGCCCUUCAUAUGGAAUAUCUUCAUGCCAUAGAAAGCUCCAGGUUCCCCAGUCCCCGGCUUUCAGCCCGGCCAAGUCGAAAGAGGACAUUGUCUAUAUCACCUCUCUCCGAUCAUAGCUUUGACCUACAGACCAUGAUCCGAACAUCUCCAAACUCUUUGGUCACAAUUCUAAAUAAUUCCCGAAGCAGCUCCUCAGCCAGUGGGUCCUAUGGACAUUUAUCAGCAAGUGCACUAAGCCCAGCUCUGAGUUUUACGUACCCACCAACUCCUGUAUCCCUGCAACAGAUGCAUCAGCAGAUUUUAAACCGCCAGCACAGUAUAGGCUCGGCGUUUGGACAUAGCCCUCCACUUCUUCACCCAGCACCAACGUUUCCUACUCAGAGGACCAUCCCAGGAAUCCCAAGCGUUCUGAAUCCAGUCCAAGUCAGCGUUGGCCCAUCGGAAGUCUCACAGAACAAACCCACCAGUGAGUCAGCCGUCAGUAGUACGGGGGACCUAAUGCACAAUAAACGCUCCAAAAUUAAACCUGAAGAGAAUCUCCCAAGCCCGGGAGCUGGAAGCAUUCAGGAUCAGCCAGAUGGAAUGACUCUAGUGAAAGAGGAAGGGGACAAAGAUGAAAGCAAACAAGAGCCUGAAGUGGUCUAUGAGACAAACUGCCAUUGGGAAGGCUGCUCCAGAGAGUAUGACACACAGGAACAGCUAGUGCAUCAUAUAAACAAUGACCAUAUCCAUGGUGAGAAGAAAGAAUUUGUGUGUCGAUGGCUGGAUUGUUCACGGGAGCAGAAACCCUUCAAGGCCCAGUAUAUGUUGGUUGUUCACAUGAGACGGCACACAGGAGAAAAGCCACAUAAAUGCACUUUUGAAGGCUGUGCAAAAGCCUACUCCAGACUUGAAAACUUGAAAACCCACUUAAGAUCUCACACUGGAGAGAAACCAUAUGUCUGUGAGCAUGAAGGCUGCAACAAGGCUUUCUCAAACGCAUCCGACCGUGCUAAGCACCAGAACAGAACUCAUUCCAAUGAGAAACCCUAUGUGUGUAAGAUUCCCGGCUGUACUAAGCGUUACACAGAUCCAAGCUCACUUAGAAAGCAUGUGAAGACCGUGCAUGGUCCAGAGGCACACGUUACCAAGAAGCAGAGAGGAGACAUUCACCCGAGGCCGCCCCCACCAAGGGAACCAGGAAACCAUUCACAGUCCCGAUCUCCUGGCCAUCAGAUGCAUGGUACACAUGGAGAGCACAAGGACCUCAGUAACACUACCUCAAAGCAUGAAGAAUGCUUGCAAGUGAAAACUGUGAAGACUGAAAAACCAAUGACAUCUCAGCCAAGCCCUGGUGGUAAGUCUUCAUGCAGCAGCGAACAGUCCCCCAGCAGCCACUAUACCAACAGUGGGAUCGAGUUUGCUUUGAACAGUGGAGGCAGUUUAGGAGACCUCAGCGCCCUGGAUGACACCCCUAUCAUGGACUCAACCAUUUCCACAGCAACUGCAGGAGUUGGUUUACAAGGCAGGAGAUUUAUGAAUGGAACUAAAUGGAUAGAACAAGUCAAAGUAGAAAGAGUCAAACAGGUUAAUGGAAUGCUUCCAAGACUGAACCCAGUUCCACCAGCCAAACUACAGUCUCUUCCACCGAUCACUGGAAAUGGUUUACAGUUGAAUAACAACACUAAUUGUGGAGGAUCAAUGUCUUUACUUCCGAACCGGAAUGAGCUUUCAAGCGUCGACAUUACAGUCUUGAACAUGUUGAACAACAGGAGGGACAGUAAUACCAGCACAAUAAGCUCGGCAUAUUUAAGCCGUAGGUCUUCUGGAAUUUCCCCUUGCUUUUCCAGUCGAAGAUCCAGUGAGGCUUCCCAAGUGGAGGGAAGGGUUCAGAAUAUAAGUGUUGCAGAUUCGUAUGAUCCCAUUUCCACAGACGCUUCAAGGCGUUCAAGUGAAGCAAGUCAGUGUGAUGGGCUGCCGAGUCUCCUUAGUCUUACUCCAGCACAGCAGUACAGGUUAAAAGCUAAAUAUGCUGCUGCCACUGGUGGACCGCCACCAACCCCGCUGCCUAAUAUGGAAAGGAUGAGUCUAAGGACAAGGAUAGCACUGAUGGGUGAUUCGAGAGACUGCAGGUUAUCUCCUCUUCCUUCAAUUAAUGUUCCUCGAAGAUGUAGUGAUGGUGGCGGUGGAACGUAUGGGAGAAGACAUUUAUUGCCAAAUGAACUGCAAGCAAAUGGCUUGAGAAGAGCCAGUGACCCUGUUAAAAUGGUGUCUGAGAACCUAUCUAAUGUCAGAGUACAGAGGUUCAACAGUCUUAACAACAUCAACCCCCUUGAUGUUGCACCACCCACAGAGAGGCGUAAUUUAAGUCUUCAGAACUACACUCGAAGUAUGUAUUCUCCUUGUCCUCCUAGUAUCAGUGAGAAUGUGGCCCUGGAAGCCAUGAUCAUGGAGGCGGAAAGAAAUCUGGAUGAUGAGGACUUUCUGCCUGAUGACAUGGUCCAGUACCUUAAUUCGCAGAACCAAAGUUUGUUUGAAAAUCCUCAGAACAAUGCAACAGAAAAGCUGCAGCGUAAUGUAGCAGUUAGGAAUGGUAACAACUUUGAUCCUUCAUCCAAAAUGACUAGUAAUUCAGUAAACCAGAUGUUCCAUAAUUUGGAACUCGACCAGGGAGAUAAAAAUGACCUUCCCAUUCAGUGGAAUGAAGUUACCUCUGGCAGCGCAGAACAUUCACCUUCUCAACAAAAAUAUGGGCAGCGUUAUACUGUCCAGCAGAAUCGAGCUUUUGGAUUGUACAAUAAUAUGAUGGUUCAGCAGCAGAUUAUGCCAAAAACUGGCCCUCCGCAACAAAGGGGUUAUCACCAUCUUUCACAAAAUAGUAAUGAAAUGUUACAGAACAACCUUAAUCUUUACCAUAAUAACAAUAAUCCUUCAAACAAGUCAUCUUUGGGUUCCUCUGUAUCAGGAAACCCCUGCAGUCCAACAUCUCGGGAGAAGUUUACAAGCAGCAAUUUGCAAAUGACUACAGGGCAACCGAACUUUGUACCGUCCAUGCAGUUUAGUGAUCACUCAUCAAAUCCAGCUGAUCCAAUGCAAAAUCAAAAUGUUAUGAACCAGGAAUAUAUGCAACAAAUUGCGACUGAGCACAUGAUCUAUGGUAUGCAUUUCCUAGGAGUAAAUCGACCCAACCAGGCAAGUUCAGGCCAAAGUGCCUUCAACACAGAGACAGCACAGGUUUACCCUACAGUUCCGCAGCAUAUGAGUAACCACCAGCCAAAUACAGGAAGAAAUUACCAGUCCUGUUCAAACCUCGGCUUGAUUGGCCGACAAAACGCGCAAAGAACAAACACGUUAUAUCUACAAGAACAGACAUGUGAUACCAGCCAGCCAAUAUAUAAAGUAACCAAUAUCAAAGUGGAAAUGCAAAGUCAGCCUCAACAACACUGUGCAAAUACGCACAUUUUUUCAGGUCAGUUCUAUGACCAAACAAUGAUCUAUAAUGAACAAAAUACAAAAUCAGGCUCUGUCUCUGUCGCAGAAGCAAACUGUCUUUUAGAGGAAACUAAUAAUGCAAAUUCUAAUGAGCUUCUGUCUCCAGGAGCUAAUCAGGUGACAAGCACAGUGGAUAACAGCGAUGGCAGCAGUUUAGAUGGCGUACAAAUUGAUUUUGAUGCAAUUAUUGAUGAUGGUGAUCAUGCCAGUUUGAUUUCUGGAGCACUGAGUCCAAGUAUCAUUCAGAAUCUGUCACGUAACUCUUCACGGCUUACCACUCCUCGAGCGUCUCUUACAUUCCCUGCCAUGCCUGUUAGCACAACUAACAUGGCUAUUGGGGACAUGAGUUCUUUACUGACCUCGCUUGCGGAGGAAAGCAAGUUCCUUGCUGUUAUACAAUAGAUUGGAGGAUAACACUAAAGCAACUCAUUUUAUGUCUAUGUACGUAUCAUAGCAAUUUCAUCCCAACUGCACGGGAUGCAAUCAGAGUACAUUCCAUUUAUGGAAUAAAGACUCAAAACCCUAAAGUGUUGUAGGGAGAAAUAGUCUUCCAUGUUUAGUGCUGCAUCAGUAUUGUCAGCCCAGAAUCCAUGUUUUGUUUUUUGUUUUUUUUUUUACUCCAAGUUCAGUGUAAUAUGUGUGAUAUAUGUGCAUGCUUGAAACUUUAAAAAAUGGUCUCACUCAUGUUUAAAUGUCCCGUUUAAUCAAUUAAAAGACCAUUGUCAUGUAAAUGUAUUCUAAUGCGAAAAAUCAGAACACAGUUGUCUUCCUUUAUUAUUCCUUUGGAAUGGAGUGUGACAAUUUCUUACUGCCCUACUCAUAGUUUUAGUGAUAUUAUGGAGGAAAUAGAGUAUGUAGCGGUCUGUUAUGACACACAAAUAGCCCUCUGUGUUUUUAGACCUUUAUGGUGUCCACCAUGUACUUUUUAAGGGUUGCGUGCAACCAUUGUCCGGUACAGAAAUAUGUUAUGUGUACAAAAUGUAUAAGGUCUUGGUUUUCAUGUGUUUUUUUGUAUUCAUUUUUAUGUAUAACUAUAUUUCAACUUGUAUUUCAGUCUGGCAAUAAAUAGGCAAACC